AUGUCAUUCACACUUGAGAAGAAAGAAGCGAAAGCGUCACCAAUAAGAGCCAAGGGUAGUACCAUUUUGGAAAACGAUUUCGGUCUCAAAAUUGUUUACAACAAGUACAAGACGACUUGUCCGUUGCCCAAACCAGAAUCGCAAUUACGGUUCAACUUGAUCUUUUGCCAUGGCACAGGUUUCAACAAGUCGAUUUGGAACUACCACAUCAGAAGAUUGUACCAGCUUUCGCAGUCGUUUCAAGUCCCCUGGUUUUUGGACUCUGUAAUCUCCAUUGAUGCCGUGGGACACGGAGACUCAAGUUUAGCAAAUUAUGGCAAAUUGGGACCGGUUUUUUGCUGGGACGAUGGUUCAAGAGACGUGAUUGAAGUCAUCAGACAUGAGAGCGACACCACUGGCGAUUUCCAAAACAACAACGAGUCUCGAAAUGUUCUUAUCGGGCACUCGAUGGGUGGGUAUAUCGCUUGCUACGCUGCAUUCCUUGCUCCUUCGCUCUUUGAUUCCAUCAUCCCCUUUGAAGCUGUCAUUUACAGCAGACCCGAUGGGAUAACAAUCUUUAAAAAGUUAUUUUCCAAAAUAGCCACCUUGAUGCUUGACACUUUUGAUUCAGAAGACGAGGCAAAGUCCUAUUUCCUGGACUUCAGUUUCACCAAAAAGUUUGAUCGCCGAGUCUUGGACGACUACAUGGCCGACGAAAUUUUCGCGGCAAAGGAUCCAGAGAGUGGAGAAGAUGUGUACAAGAUCAAAUGCAUGAAACCGCACCAAAUCUCGGCUUACUUGGGUGCGUUCAUGUCUUUGCCCAAGGGAAUGUCGGCUAUACCUCACAUUAGAGUGCCUACCUUGCAUGUCAUUGGAGAAAAAGCAAAGUGGAACCCUCCCGAGAGUGUUGGCUGGGUAAGAAGUGCCAUCAACAAGAAUUAUCUUGCUGGCACCGUGGAUAUGAAAGACGGGGAACAUUUAGUCGUUGGCGAACAACCAGACGAUACGGUUGAAGUGAUUAAGUACUUUAUCAACAAGAGAGAUGCCGAGUUCAAGAAGGAAAAGUUGGAGAAGCCCGAGGUCCAAUUGAAAGGUGACAAGAAGGCCAUAUUUGACAAGGAAUUUGGCGCCAUGAUGGAUUUCGAUCUCGAUAACAUGUAUGGAUACGAACUUGCAACCACCGAGGAUGUUGUGAAAGCUUCCAAACUUUGA